UGUGUGCCAGCCACACACUCGCGGCUGAGGCGAAGGCAUCGUGCUGAAAGCAGAGGGAGAGCAAAAUAAGCCAGAGGCUGGACUCACACCUUGCUAAUUUCCGGCAUCAGCCACAAGCCUUGGGCGAGCUGAAGGGAAUGAAACUGCUGGCUGCCUGCUUCAUGUACCUGCUGCUCAUCGGUCUGGCCCUGCCCAAAGCCGAAUGCCGACUCCACGAGCGAUCCAUGGAAAUCAGGAACCCUGAUAUCGACCCUUCCUGGUACACGGGGCGUGGGAUCAGACCCGUGGGACGGUUUGGCCGGAGGAGAACUGUUGUGGAGAGCUCCCGGAAGUCGGGCUAUGGACAUAGGCAAGCUUGCUUCCCUCUAGAAGAAAGCAGUGAAUCCAUUCAAGAUGAAUGAAAUGGCUAAGACAAAGAAUGAAUUUGAAUGAUGAUAAGAAAAGACCCUUCUCCUCUCUUCCUUCCACAUCCCAGCCUCUCUUCUAGGCAAAUGAAAAUGUUUGGUGUCAUUUCAAUGUACAAUAUCUUUGUGGUUAUAAAUGAUAGAAACCAAAGAGCAGUUGAUAACUCCAGUAUUUUUGCAGACAAUUUCCCUCUUGCCCGUUUUUUCUUUUUCUCUCCUCUGUUCCCCAUUUGUCCUCCAUCUCUGGCUUUUGCUCUCAAGCUAAGAUGGUUUAUGCUAGAAAAUUGCUGGGGGCAAGAAAUACAAAUUCCCAUGUUAAUUAUCUUCCUAGAACAUGGGCUUUUUUAUACAAACCAAAAUAAUAAUAAAAAAAAUUGAGAA